GAUGUGGUCGUCAAUCCAAGCCUAUUACGACAGGAACAAGACGGACGACAGGCUCCACAAGCUGACGCUCUUGAUGAUCAAAAAGGCAAGCCGCAGGAGCGCCCCGAAACUAAAGGCCAUGGCGGGCGUGUGCAGGGCCCUGGAGGGUUGGGCGUGGGAGGAAUGCAACAGACUGUUCAGCGGUGGCAGCGAACUGGAGCAGACAAUUCUCGCAGCGACGAACCACCUCCAUAAUUGUUACGAGGCCUUGCGGACAAUUGUUAUUUUCAGGAGGGACACCAUGGCGACGAACGGCAAACGCUUCGUGCUCCUGUACGACGCACUCGCACAGCGACACCCUGCAUUCUUCAGGUGCAAGCCCAAACUCCAUCUUUUCGUGCACCUCACCCAGGAAUCUGACCCGAAAGCUAAUUGGACUUACCGCGACGAGGAUUUUGGAGGGACCGUCAGCAGGAUCUCACGGAGGCGUGGCGCCCCGAUGACCACAAAGGCCUUCUCUGCCAAUGUUAUGGACAGGUUCCGCAUGGAGCCUUUGGUUCGCGUGCGAUAG